CUGGGAGCGGCUCAGCGGCAGACGGACCACCUCUGCCGUCCGUUGGCCAGCGUGCGGCGGAAGAUCCUGCUGCCCUCCCCUCCCCUCACCAGUUGACAUCCCACGCUCGCCGCCGAACACCUCGCGUGUCGCCCCCAAUGGCCUCCUCCCUCGCCGCUCGCCGCCUCCUUGCCCGCGCCGCCGCCGCGCGCCGCGCCCUACCCUUCGCCUCCCCGCAACCCCCUGUCCCCGCGGUGACUGCCCGCCGUUUCUCCGCGGGCGCCUCGCCCCCACCGCCACCGCCGCCGAAGCCCGUCGCCGAGCCACCCAAGUCGGAGGGCGAGGGUGCCUCCUCUACCACUGGUGCAAGAGGGGACCAUCGCUCUUCUCCGGGAGCCGCGGCGGGGGCGCGCCGCCAGGGGGGUGCCGGCUACGAGGAGGAGCAGGAGAAGGUCCUCCGCGCGUCGCUACUCCACGUGCCGCGGAUGGGGUGGAGCGAGUCUGCCAUGAUCGCGGGGGCGAGGGACGUCGGCGUCUCGCCGGCCAUCGUCGGCGCGUUCCCAAGGAAGGAGGCUGCCCUCGUUGAGUUUUUCAUGGAUAACUGCCUUCAACAACUGAUGGAUCACAUUGAUGCUGGAGAGGGAGAGCAGUUGAAGAACUUGAUACUGAGUGAGAGGCUCUCGAAACUUGUCCGGAUGAGGCUGGAAAUGCAGGCACCAUAUAUAUCAAAGUGGCCUCAGGCACUGAGUAUCCAGUCUCAACCAGCAAACGUCUCAACAAGCUUAAAGCAGCGAGCUAUCCUGGUUGACGAGAUUUGGCAUGCUGCUGGAGAUGCUGGAUCUGAUAUUGAUUGGUAUGUGAAACGUACUGUUCUUGGUGGUAUCUACUCAACAUCGGAGGUGUAUAUGUUGACAGACAAUUCUCCAGAGUUUCGUGAUACAUGGACAUUUGUGAACCGCCGUAUCAAGGAUGCUCUUGAUCUUCAGAAAACGUUUCAAGAGGCCGCAUAUCUAGCUGAAGCCGUGGGAGCAGGCAUGGGUGGCUCCGUGCAGGGUGUCCUGAAUAGAAUUUUUCAGAAAGGACGGGCAUGAACUAGUUCUUUGCAGGUUGCAUUGGAUACUUUUCAUUCUCAAUGGCUCCAUCAUCACUUUCUGUUUACCAGUUGUCAAUUUGGCAUGUUCGAGGCAAAUAAAGGAAAUUGUGUUCCUGGUUACGUUAGGAUUUGGUGGCUAUGUAUAUAACUGCUUUUUCAAAUGAACGUUGUCAGAUCGCUUAGUCCAAUCCACAUGCUUGCAGGGGCGUGAACUUAUCUAUUU